AAUAAACAUAACCUCAACAUUUAUUGUUGAUACUCGAUGACGAAAAUCCGUAUUUACUUGGGAUAGGGCAUUUUGGGGCUCAAAAAUAAGAAAAAAUGGAUGGUGCUCCAAAAAGGGGUCGCGGUAGAGGUAGGGGCGGUCGUGGACGUGGUAGGGGGCGAGGACGGGGCCGCGGAAGAGGCAAAAAAGCGGUGAAAGUGAUCGAAAGCGACGAGGAAAUUGAGACCCCGGAAAAUUCUCAGGAGCCUUCAGAAGAGCCCCAACCCGAACCCCCCGUGCUUGAAGAGCCAGGCCCUCCACCAAUUGACUUGGAAGCAGAUAUAUCACAGCUUGAAGCUCCAACAUUUACAACAAUUAAUAGAGGCCCUCCAGAGCCUAUGCUAAGACUUAACUGGGAUCAUAAAGUUAAUUUAAUAGGAGAAAAGGUGUUAAACCCCAUGAUACACUGCUGUGAUACAUGUUUGAAACCAAUUUUGAUUUAUGGCAGAAUGAUCCCUUGUAAGCAUGUGUUUUGUCUUGCCUGUGGCAGAAAAGAGCAUAAGCAGUGUCCAAGGUGUCUGGAAAAAGUGUCUCGAGUAGAGCAAACUGGUUUGGGUACGGUGUUCAUGUGCACCCACGGUGGUAGUAUGUAUGGGUCCACUGGCUGUAGAAGAACUUAUCUUUCACAAAGAGAUUUGCAGGCCCAUAUAAACCACCGGCAUGUCUCAAGUUUGCAACAAAUUACCACACCACAACCCAUGGAGAUUAUGGAGCCUGAGAGGACCUCACUUCGCCCUAGCAAAGCAAACAUAGUAAAUGACCCCCGGUCUAAUCCUAUGCCGACCACAGGGCGUCGUUCCUCACAAAUUCAAGGUUCAGGUGUUAGAACAAAUCUUAUAACUGUCCCUAUUCAGGAGACAACUCCUCAGCCUAUACCACACGAAACUAUGACCCAAUCACAAAAUUAUUACAACCAGUAUCAGACAGCUAAUACGAUUGCCCAACCCAAUUACGGUCAAUCGAUGGCCCAAAUGCACAUUCCUCCUCCCCAAGUACAGCCUCAGUACUACGCAACGCCUCCGGCCUACAGCCCGGCCGCUCAAACUUACCCGGCUUAUACAGGCGCUCAACCUGCGGCUCCGCCGACCCAAUAUAUACAGUCGACAGUGGUGGCGCCUAGGGUCGCCCAACAGUACGACUACAAUGCCGCGUCAACGCAAUGGACUAACAACCAACAGUACUACAGAUAGUGACAGAUUGAGAACUACAGAUUGUAGUUUUAGGCUUUACGAUAUAAUUAAGAGAGGAAUUAAACGUUAUAAAUAGGAUGUAA